AUGACCAAGGACUUCACACUAAAUGCAUUUAUUCAACAAGAGUGGUAUGAUUUCCGCCUCCAAUUCUUUGACGUAAUUGACUCGCCGUAUUUGGAGCUCGACGCCAAACUUAUAGAAGAUGUAUGGGUGCCUGAUUUGUAUUUCACUAACGAGAAAUCAGCAUCCUACCAUGAAGUCACAGUUCCUAAUAAAAUGAUGCACCUCUAUUCUGACGGUCGUGUAGUGUAUCGGCUAAGAGUUUCAGUGACUGCUUCCUGCCCAAUGCAUCUCCAUAGCUAUCCGUUUGAUUCGCAAGUCUGCUCGCUGUAUAUCCAAAGUUUUGCAUAUUCCCUUGGACGACUACGGUUUAAGUGGCGGACUAUCAACCCCGUCAGGACCAAUGUAAACAUACAGCUCCCCCAGUUCACGCUGACCCGACAUUCAGUCAGGGAUUGUACAGAUGUCGUGUCUACAACUGAUCAACAUAACUUCACGUGUAUUCAGAUGGAUUUACACCUGGCCCGGAACCUGGGGUUUUUCAUGAUUCAGAUAUACGUCCCUACUGUACUAAUAGUGUCCCUCUCGUGGGUAUCGUUCUGGCUUAAUAUAGACGCCGUGCCUGCCCGGAUAUCCCUAGGUAUCCUCACCGUACUAACCAUAACUACACAGAAAACCGGGUCUGUAGCCGCUAUACCACCUGUAUCCUACGUCAAGGCUCUGGACGUCUGGAUGGCAAUUUGUCUUCUCUUUGUCUUCGUUGCAUUCCUGGAAUAUCCAUUUGUUUAUGUGCUGGAUAAUCGUGAGGUAGGCCUGAUUCAAACAAAGACCGACAGGUUAAGAGAAGAGGUUGCUAAUGUUUCAGGUAAUUCAAACAAGAACAAUGACGACGGAAGAUCAAAUCAAGUCACCAUGGGACGUUUUGUUGAUGAUAUCUCAAAAGUUAUAUUCCCUAUUGUCUUUCUCACAUUCAUUAUUAUAUAUUGGAUUGUUUAUUCCAUUUAAUAUGAAUUCUACAAAAUCCUUAAAAUCAGGAAAAACAAACGAUUGUGAUUUAGAGGGCAGACGACACGUUGUGUGUCAUGUACUGAUUUAUACAUGCGUGGUACCGAACAGUUUGUAUGUGGCUAUUUUGAUUUAUACAUGCGUGGUACCGAACAGUUUGUAUGUGGCUAUUUUGAUUAUGUUCUAUAUCAUUCCAUUUUAUUGUUAUUGGAAAUAAAAAUAAAGUU